AGUAAGCAAGAAAUUCACAGAAGGUCUGCUCGGCUCCGAAAUACCAAAUACAAAUCUGCUCCAGCUGCCGAAAAGAAAGUUUCCACCAAAGGCAAAGGGAGAAGGCAUAUUUUUAAGUUGAAAAACCCUAUCAAAGCUCCUGAAUCUGUUUCUACUAUAAUUACUGCAGAAUCCAUCUUCUACAAGGGAGUGUAUUACCAAAUUGGUGAUGUUGUUUCUGUGGUUGAUGAGCAAGAUGGAAAGCCGUACUAUGCUCAGAUCAGAGGGUUCAUUCAGGACCAGUACUGUGAGAAGAGUGCCGCCCUGACCUGGCUCAUUCCCACCCUCGCCAGCCCCAGAGACCAGUUUGACCCUGCGUCCUAUAUAAUAGGGCCGGAGGAAGAUCUUCCAAGGAAGAUGGAAUACCUGGAAUUUGUCUGCCAUGCACCUUCUGAGUAUUUCAAGUCAAGGUCAUCACCAUUUCCUACAGUUCCCACCAGACCAGAGAAGGGCUACAUAUGGACUCAUGUUGGACCUACUCCUGCAAUAACUAUUAAGGAAACAGUUACCAACCAUGUAUAGUUACAAAACCAAACCUGGGGCAUGUUUAGCAUGUAUGAAGCUUUGGUUCUAAUCCCCAGAACAUACUCACACACCCCAAAAUAAAACCAGAUUUCCAAUUUCUUACAUUUUAAUAUAAUAAGAUAUACCACGA